AGCUACCUGCAGAGGCUUUGAUGACAUUUUGCAUUUCUAGGCUUAUUUUGUCAACAAUAAAUAGACCCUCCAGAAAAACGCGAUUAUGCGAUCACAUGAAUUCCUGCAUUAAUCACCAAAAUGCUGCUGAUUAUGCAGGGGUCAAUUAUUUCCCAAAAGGCCGCAUAAUCCCCGCAAAACAGCGCAUAAUUCCUGCAAGAAUCUCACAUUUCCACUAAAAAAAGAGAGAAAUAUGCGGGUCCCGCUUGAUUUCACAAUUUCCGCAUAAAAUGAGAAAACUAUCACUAAUAUAAAUGGAGUUGUGAGUGAGUUUUUAUGACACCCAGCCUGAAGUCAUCAGUUCGCGCAUCCACACAGACACUAGAAGCACGAGCUGAUGCAGAGUGUUGCCAACUUAGUGACCAAAAUGAGGUCCCCACAAGUGACAUAGUUUUUGGUUUUCCUACAGUUGUGGGGACAUUUGGUUCCCACAGUAUAGCAAAAACAUGGGCACACACACACACACACACACCUUUUUUUUUUGGUUUUGCAGAAAUCCCCCACAAACCACAGACGUGCCAAUGCGCAUGUGCACAUUGUGUAUGUGUAUUAGAGAAAGUCGGAGUAUAUAUAUUGCUGAUCUUGACUCCUAAGCAGAUGUAGAGCACCCAUCGUCUGAUCAAGACUGCAGACUUGUGUGGUUCACUUUAUUCUCAACACCUCCUUAUCCUGAAGACAGGAACGGUUUUCCAGACUGCUCAACGAACAUGCUGAUCUUUGCUCCACUGUGUUUACCCCUUUGCUGGUUGCUGUCAGUGGAGUCCGUGUCGAUCUGUUUUAACUUCCUCAACCUCUUUGGCAACAAGGCUUACCCAUUGAACAUGACUGAAGAUUCGGUCGAUGACAUGUAUUUUGGCUGCAGUGAAGAAAUGAUGAAGACAGUCACUCAGAAAUACCGUAAAGAACUGGUUGAGGGGCCGUAUGCGGAUGCCUUGAAGAAUGUAGAAGUGGAAAAGUGUGUAGAAAAGAACCAAAAAGUGAAAGAGAAAGAGGAUGAGGCUCUGACCAAAAACCACAUGCAAGCACUUUGUGCUUAUACAUCUAACCGCGUGUAUACGGAAUUCAAUACUGCAGUCAGGACAAACAGAAGUGUCUAUACUUCAUCGUUCCAAUUCCACAUUUUACAUUUCUUCCUGACAUCAGCCAUACAGAUCUUGAAUAAUAAGUACAAUUGUUCCACUACCUAUAGACGAACCAAAGAUAAGUUUACUGGUAAAGUCAAAGAAAGAAUUCGGUUUGGUUCUUUCAGCUCCAGCUCUUUUAGAACAGACCUGCUGCCCUUUGGUAACAAGAGCUGCUUUAAAAUCACAACAUGUACAGGCGCUUAUAAGGUUUGGUCUUAG